AUGGUGAAAAUGAUGAAUCUUUUGGUGCCUAUGAUGACUUUAUGUUUGUCGCUAUCAACAAUUUCCAGAAGCCAAAUUGAUGACAUCACAUGCAACGAGGCUCUACCGCUGUUGACUCCUUGUCAACCAUAUUUGGUGGGUUCUGCAGAAGUAUCAUCUACUUGUUGUGAAGGAGUAAACACCAUUUUUCAAAGGGCCAACACCACUCAAGUUCGAAGGGAUGUGUGCAAAUGCAUUAAGAACGCUGCUUCCCAAAUUGGCGUCAAUCCUGAGAAAGCAAAACAACUCCCUCAACUUUGCAACAUUACUCUUCCAUUUCCUAUUGACCCAUCCAUUGAUUGCAACACAAGCCAAACUGAUGACAGCGUAUGCAAGGAGGCUCUACCGUUGUUUACUCCUUGUCAACCAUAUUUGGUUGGUUCUGCAGAAAUAUCAGCUUCGUGUUGUGCAGGACUAACCGGUAUUAUUCAACUGGGCGACACCACUCAAUUUCGAAGGGAUUUGUGCAAAUGCAUUAAGAACGCUGCUUCCCAAAUUGGUGUCAAUCCUCAGAAAGCAAAACAACUCCCUCAACUUUGCAAAAUUACUCUUCCUUUUCCUAUUGACCCAUCAGUCGAUUGCAACACGUAA